AUGUUUUCGGAGGGCCACGGUGCCUCGGGAAACACCGGUGGCUCUCAAGAGAAGCAGGUUUCGCAGCCAGACAAUUGCCCAUCCUCGAACCCGCAGAUAUCCCCCGAUGGAAUGCACAGCUCGUCCUUAAUCAACCGUCUGGAAAUCUACUCGACCAAAGUCCCCGAUUAUUGGAUACCUCCGUUUUGCGGAGCUAGCGCAGGCGUCGCUUCCGGAAUCGUGACAUGCCCGCUCGAUGUAAUCAAGACUAAGCUGCAGGCCCAGGGCGGCUUCGCGCGGAGAGGAGGCCGCGAAGUUGAAGCGAAGGCGUUAUACCGUGGUAUGCUAGGGACGGGGAGAGUUAUAUGGAGGGAAGAUGGGAUAAGAGGCUUGUACCAGGGUCUCGGUCCUAUGCUCUUGGGAUAUCUUCCUACAUGGGCCGUCUACCUGGCAGUCUAUGAUCGAUCUCGAGACUACUUCUAUGAUAAGACAGAGAACUGGUGGCUAGCAAGAGGUUACGCUUCCAUCAGCGCAGGUGCAUGCUCGACGAUUGCAACGAACCCUAUAUGGGUAAUCAAGACUAGGCUGAUGUCCCAGAGCCUCAAGUCCAAUAGCGAAGGGUUUAGAGCACCAUGGCAAUACUCCAGCACGUGGGACGCCGCUCGGAAGAUGUACAAAACCGAGGGGAUCCGGUCCUUCUAUUCCGGCCUCACCCCGGCCCUAUUGGGGCUGACGCACGUUGCGAUUCAGUUCCCGCUUUACGAGUACUUGAAGAUGGCAUUCACAGGAUACGGGAUCGGUGAACAUCCCGACAGUGGCAGCUCUCAUUGGCUCAGCAUCUCUCUCGCGACAUUCCUGAGCAAGAUAUGCGCCAGCACGAUCACAUACCCGCACGAAGUGCUGCGCACGAGACUUCAAACGCAGCAAAGAACCUCUCCAGCUCCGUCACCUGAGGAGAUCGCUUUCCGUGGUGGUCUCGAUCAUCCUGCCGACCGUGGUCGACCCCCCGGUGCGGCCUCCUCGGACGGGAUGCCAAACCGACCUCGGUACAGAGGAGUUAUCCGCACGUUCCAGACUAUCCUCAAGGAAGAGGGCUGGCGUGCAUUCUAUUCAGGCAUUGGAACGAAUCUGUUCCGAGCCGUCCCUGCCGCCAUGACUACCAUGCUCACAUACGAGUAUUUGCGCAAGGUUGUUCAUACGAUGCAACAUGAAGGAGAGAAGAAGUUGAAGAUGACCGAGACGGGAAUCUAA